GCUGUCAAUCACGUUGUCCUUGCCGCUGACUUCCGCUCAGCUUCAGAGGCAGUGUACCCGCGAUUGUUUAUGUUCCCACAGCCUUAAUUUGACCUUAAUUCACAGGUAGUGUGUUGGGCUGUCUGUGAUGCUUGGAGGGAGGCUGGGCUGCAGGGACAGGCCGAUUGGUGGAAACAUGACUUCUGAGUAACUCACAGUUAGUUUUUCUGCUCAGUAUGAACAGCGAAGAGGAGUUUUACGACGCUGAAACAGGGCUGGAGUCAGAUGAUUCCUGUGAGGUUAGUUUCAAGGAUGCCCUGGUGUUUGACAAUAAGCAGGUGACAGAAGGCAGUGCCUCACAGGAGAAUGGAGUAUGGGAGCGCAGGAAAACCCUCCCUGCUGAAAUGAUCUCCAGAAACAACUUCAGUGUGUGGAGUAUAUUAAAGAAAUGCAUCGGGAUGGAGCUGUCCAAAAUAGCGAUGCCAGUUGUGUUUAACGAGCCAUUGAGCUUUCUCCAGAGAAUCUCGGAGUACAUGGAACAUACUCACCUCAUCCACAGAGCCUGCAGCUUGUCUGACUCCAUAGACCGCAUGCAGGUUGUUGCUGCCUUUGCAGUUUCAGCUGUGGCAUCUCAGUGGGAAAGGACUGGAAAGCCAUUUAAUCCUUUAUUGGGGGAGACAUAUGAGCUCACAAGAGAGGAUGAGGGCUACAGAUUGAUCUCAGAGCAGGUGAGCCACCACCCUCCCAUCAGUGCCUUCCACGCCCAGUCUCUGAAACAGGAGUUUGAGUUUCAUGGCUCCAUCUACCCAAAACUUAAAUUCUGGGGCAAAAGUGUCGAGGCUGAGCCCAAAGGCACCAUGACGCUGGAGCUAUUAAAACAUAAAGAGGCGUACACAUGGAUAAACCCCAUGUGUUGCGUACACAACAUCAUAUUAGGAAAACUCUGGAUUGAGCAGUAUGGAACUGUGGAGAUCGUAAAUCAUAGCACUGGAGAUAAGUGUGUAUUGAACUUCAAACCAUGUGGCAUGUUUGGAAAAGAGCUGCACAAAGUAGAAGGUUAUAUUCAAGACAAAAGUAAGAAGAAGUUGCGAGUGAUAUAUGGGAAGUGGACAGAGUGCAUGUACAGCGUGGACCCAAAAGUUUACGAAACACACAAGAAGUCAGACAAGAAGACGGGAGGGGAUACGAAAAAGGUGAAACAGGAACUUAGCUGUGAAGGUGAGGAGCUGGAUGAGAUGCCAGAAGUUCAAGAGACUGUGACUGUGAUACCAGGAAGUGCCUUACUGUGGAGGAUAACGCCCCGGCCUGCUCACUCAGCACAGAUGUAUAACUUCACCAGCUUUGCCAUGACACUAAAUGAACUGGAGCCCGGCAUGACACGGCUACUGCCGCCCACAGACUGCCGACUGAGGCCCGAUAUCAGAGCCAUGGAGAACGGAGACAUAGAUACUGCAAGUACAGAGAAGGAGCGGUUAGAGGAGAAACAGAGGGCUGCGCGCCGGGAACGCUCGAAGGACGAGGAGGAGUGGUCCACCAGGUGGUUUCAGCUGGGAACAAACCCUCACACAGGAGCAGAGGAUUGGCUUUACACCGGCGGAUACUUUGACAGGAAUUACACUCACUGUCCCAACAUUUAUUGACGGCAGAGGCACUCGGGGUGAAGUCGCUCUUCAGUUGCUCUCUGAUAGGAUUUUCUUUAUUUCUCUCAGCAUCUAAGAGCUGUGUCCGUGUGACACUCACUGGUACUGUGUUUUGUUUUGUUUUUUGUUUGUUUCUUAUGUUUUUGGUUUCUGUUUUUGGGUUGAAGCAACAGAAAAGCUGAUAUCAUCAUGUAAAGACGUGUCAGACAAUUUGUCAAUUUAUCUGCAACUGACUGUGAAAAAUUGUCCACAGGAGAAGUAAGAAUUUUAGAGUUUACUUUAAUACUGAACCAUUGUUAUGUGCCCUAAUCAUGAAUAUGACAAUAAUAGUCCGUUACUCACCUAUCCUGGGGUUUUAAUGCAGUUGCCUGUGUGAUCUCUGCUGCUGCAGGACACAAAGCUCUGAGUUUAAAAAACGACAUCACUCGUACACAUAGAUGUACCACACACUUCUGUCAUUCAAUAUCAGGGGUUAUUUAAACACAUCUGCUACUUUUUAUAUAACCUAUUUGAAUAUUAGAUGUCUAUUUUAGUUAGCACUAGCACUAAACAUCCUACAAUGUCACAAGUGAAAUUAUUUUCUGUGAAUAGAGACUUAGAAAUGAAAGCUGCUUAUGAACAUGUUUACUGGCACAGUGAACAUAGUGUUGGUACAUUAUACUGUUGUCCGCUGUAACAUAGAUAACGUGUAUAAGAACUGGUGCAUGCAUGGUCACCAAGAUUAUUUACACAAGUUAAAGCCAUAAAAUGUUUUCUGCACUGUGGAAAAUACUGUAAAUGAAUUCACAUGAUAAAACAUUAAAGCAAAGGGAAUCAGAGCUCAUUGGUUCAAGUAGAAAGCUGUGCUCAUAUUCAAACUUUGGUGUAGCCAUUUAAUUUUACACACAGUUAACUACGAUUGUAGGCAGAGUUUAUGCAACACACACUAAUCUGAACCUGGGUCAUUGAGCGCUCUUAGGCAUCAUUAACCUAUGCAAACUGAUCCAUCCGGUCUGCCCUCCUGAAAUGUGAAAAUAAUUAUCAAAAACAUGUAAUUCCUUUUAGCUCGUAGCCAUUGUGGGCUUCAGACACUACCGAAGUGUCUGUUCAUGAAUGUUCUGUGCUAAUAAAUAAUGCUAAUUUACAAACAGCAGUGCAGUUGUUAGACAGUAGAGCUGUUCGUUUUGGUUCCAAGCACUAACCUUGCAUAAAACUGCACAUUUUGAAUGAUCAGUCCUAUGCACAUAUUGUGUAGUGAAAUGUCCUUCAUGUUCCUCCUCCUCCUCUUCCAAGCACUUUGUGAUGACUGCAGCCGCUCAGAGGUGCAGGGUUGACCUGAUGGUUCUUUAUCCUUUUGUCUUUGUCUAGUGUCAGUUAAAAUAAUGUUUACAUAGUAUGUUCAUCAGUCUUUUUUUUCCUGUUCAUGCUGUUAAAGUACACAUCCAUAUGCAUACAGACAUAUUUAAGAAAUAAAUUAUGGACUAUUGAAAUUAA